GUCGAUCCCGCAUGACCCAGUCUCGGGACCAGCUUCGCAACCUUAACCACCCCACAUUCCUUGCCACGACACUCGACGACACUCCCACAACUGCAGGACGCCACGAUGUCUAACAGCACCAAGAAAGUCCCAUACAAGGUGUACCCCCCGCCAGCACCACCGAAGCCACCCAAAACCCGUAUCUCGCACCAGCUCUACCUCGGAAUCAGGCCCGCCUCCGACAGCGCCCCGGCCCACUUCGGAAUCAUCGUGCGCUUCCCAGAACACCACCCAGACGGCGGCGACUGUGCGUGGUACCACUGUAUGGGAUCAGGAUCGCGAGAAAGCCCCUACCGCCGGAUAGUGAAUGCGCCAAAGACAUUCGAGGAUGCGACGUUCAAAAGAAGGGUGCCUAUUGGCGCUCUGCACGAGACCAAGCUGAAGUCAUUUCUGCGCGCGUUCAAGAAGACGAAACCGCAACCGGCGGAGUUAUUCGUCUCUAGUUUUCUGUACCGGUUGGGUCGCGUGGGUGUGCUCAAGGAGUAUGAGCUCGUCCACUUUCUGAGGGAGCUGGAUGUGUCUGUUCAGGGGCUGGAGAGUGACCCAGAGUAUGAAUCGGAUCCGGAGCUGGAGCAUGCAGUUACCAGUCGGCUUCUUUAUCCUUCUGAGAUUUGAUAUUUUGUUCUGUUUGUGAUAUUUAUGAUACCAGGAUUCAGGGGCGUGCGGCAUUCUAUCUUUUGCCUUUUUCUGUCUCUUAGCAUGUACUAUGAAUGACAUUUAAACCCGUCCG